CGCUUCCAUAACUUCCUACAGUGAACUUCUCUGUAGGAUCGCAAAUCCAUUUGAAGUCGAAUUUUCAAAAACGAAAACAAAUACGAUGCGUCAAAUUGUUAUAUUUGUCGCUUUGAUUUUUAUCAGUUUUUGCGCCGCUCAAGUUAAUUUUUCGCCGAAUUGGGGAAAAAGAGCGCUCAACAAUCCACCCGCUGAAGAAAAUGACAACAACGGCUGCAAGGAGUCUGUGGAUACCCUUAUUUUUAUUUACAAAAUUAUACAGAGUGAGGCACAGAAACUCCUGGAAUGCGAAAAAUUGUCCAACUAGACGACAAGCCUGACUAACAUUUGAUUAUGGAAAAGUUUGCUUUCCUUCCUUUUAUUAGUUAACUUUUUUAAAUAAAGCAAAUCAAUGCUCCCUUAUGGUUUUAUUUGGUUUGUGCUAUUCCACUUUAAUUAAGUCACUGUAAUAAGGAUAAUUCAAUAAACAUAAUAUGCAUUACAUGUGGAGAA